AGCUACUAUAUAUACCACAUUUAAAAGCCUCCGGUUAAUUUUACACGGGAUUCUAAGAGUGUUUUUACGAUUCUAUAGUGAAAUACUAGCGAGAUAUCUACACUCAAACGGCUCCGAUUGAAGUGACUCGUACGGGAUUUCAGAAGUGUUUUUUAAGGUUCUAGUGACAAUAACAAGACUGCGUUGAUGUCUCCACGUCUCCAAUUCAUCUUAUUACCAGACAAACUAGGAAACUAAACCCCCGAAGCAGACUACGUUAUCAAAGCCCCGACAGUUCGUGACCCUCAAUACACACCUCAGUUACUCCUACUCCAAUGAUGGCUUCGACGCUCUUGGCUUCUACAACGAGGGGCAGGAGGUGACGGGGUGGAUGGGGGGUACCUUCCUGAAUAGUGACAAGCGAGUGUUCGUGGAAGGCAUUCAUCCCGGAGUGUGGACGCACAUAUGUCACUUGAUCACCAGGGACUUCUACAUCCUCUACGUGGACGGCCAGAAGAUCUACACGUGGAAGGAGAGUCGCACCUUUUCGCUGGUGCUGAACGGGUCACUAGUGCUGGGGCAGGAGCAGGACUCGCUGGGCGGCGGUUUCGAUAAGACUCAGGCUUUCAUAGGCGACCUGUCUCAGGUCUCUCUCUGGAGUCGAGUUCUGUCGAGUGGGGAGGUGGCGAGGCUGGCAGCGUGUGAGGACUCGGGUCACGGAGACGUUUUUGCCUCAGAUGAGAUCCAGCUGGAGGAGAAAGGCUCGAUCACCACUACCUGGAUGCCCCUCGAGGACCUCUGCAGGCCGCCCAUCAAGUCGCAGUUCUUCUUCUUGCCGGAAACUCGCCUUUUCUCAGAGGCAAGAGCAGUAUGCGAGGCCUUCAACGGUAGCCUGGUCACGCCCCUCUCCCCGGCGGAAUCACAACACCUGCUGGAGAUGUGGCAGAGUUUCGGCGCUUCCUGCAGCGUCACUGGCCGCAUCAAGGUGUGGCUGGGCCUCACUGACGAGGCCGAGGAGGGCGUGUGGCGAGACAUCACCACCAACCAACUGGUCGAAUAUCAAAACUUUGAACCAAAUCGGGUGGGCGGCGGCAGAGUGUACAACUGUGCUACCAUGGACGGCAAGGGAACCUGGCUGGACUCGCCCUGCCACGCGACGAUGAAGGUCUGCACGGCGUGUCGCUGGGCGCAGAGCUCCUUCAUGCGGCUGCAGGGCCUCUGCUUUGCCAAGGAGCACCAGGCACGCGUUUAUGUGAGUAGUGGUCAUGUGGACGGCCGCCCAUUCUUCGUGGGAUACUACAGCACGCUGCUGCGGUGGGCGGCGGCCUCGAGGGCUUGGAUGCUGGUGCAGCUGAGUGAUAACAGCACGCUGGCCACCACGGAGAGCGUGGUGGUCGCCAGCUACCCUGUGGGGAAGCACCGCUGGAAGCUGGGUGAGGAGUUGUGUGGGAAAGCCGCGGGUGCCUUCAUUACGCUGAGCCUGUCCCCAUGUGACGACUCCCAGUUCAUGUGUGACUCUGGCCACUGCAUCCCGCGGGAUCAGCGCUGCAACCUGCUGUAUGAGUGUGCUGACGGCAGCGACGAGCACCACUGCAGCAAGGUGGAGGUGGAAGGCGAGUACCUGAAGCAACUGUCCCCGGUAGGUCCCGGCGGCGCUGCUCUACUGCUGCUCGCCGCCCUCAAGCUCACCCGCGUGGCCAACGUGGAUGAAAUCAACAUGGCUGUCAAUCUAGACUUUGAACUGUCGCUGGAGUGGGCGGAGAAUCGCGCCAAGUUGAGGCACCUCUCCGCACAUGCGGAGCCCACCACCAUCAGCAAGGAGGACGCUGCCAAGCUGUGGCAACCCGACUACCACCUCACCAACCUGCAGGGCGGCAAGGCAACGCUGCUGGCCGCCACGCUCGCCGCCACCUCCGCCAACAACGCCACGCUUCCGUCCUUCAAUAAUCUCAACACAGACGUGUUCUAUCCCGGUGCGGCUAACACCGUACUGCUGAUGCACCAGUACACGGCGGACGUGAUCUGCUACUUCACCUUCUGGUUCUAUCCGCUGGACGUGCAGCGCUGCUACAUCAACGUGAGCCUGCCCGGUGCCCAUCGCGACCGCGUGCUGUUCUCUCUGGACGGCGCCACCAUGCAGUACACGGGGGUGAAGGACCUGGCACUGUACACUGUCGUUAACGCCGAGGUCAGUCCGCACUCCACCGCCCAUCUCAUCAUGUUCCAGGUGGACCUGCAGCGGCGGCCCGGUGCUGUGGUGCUGUCCACCUUCCUGCCGUCGCUGCUGGUGCUGGUGGUUAGCUGGGCCACGCUCUUCGUCAGACAGGAGGCGAUCAACGCCCGCGCCAUCAUGUCCCUCACGUCCCUCUUGGUGCUUUUCACGCUCUUCACAAACUUCUCCAACACACUGCCCAAGACUGCCGAGGUGAAGCUCAUCGACCUGUGGUUCUUCUCUAUCAUCGCCAUUCUCUUCGUGAACAUCUUGGUGCAUAUCACCAUCCCGGACAGGCCGCCGGAGCCUCAGCCGCACCUCAAGACGGUCGUCAAGCGGGUGCGGCCCCUGGAGGCGUCCCCCGCUGAGUACAGCGUGCAGCAUCCCUUGCCCCAGGACACCUCGCUCCGGCUCCUCGUGCUGUACCGCUGCCUGUGCCUGCCCGUCCUCUGCGUCGUGAUAAAUGUUGCCUUCUGGUUGCUCGUGUUCUUCAAGCUUGAGUUCAAGUAGGAUAAGGCAGUGGGGUCUCCUGCGUUCUACAAUGUAGGCUAUUAGGCCGGGCGCACAUUGAGACGCAGGCCAGCACAGCCAGCCUCAAUAAGUUCCUCAGUGGACGACAUCAUGUGGAUUACUGAGUGAGAGACUGUUUCUUCCUGUGCCGCACGUACGCAGAAAACUGCGUUUCAAACACCGUGUGAUGCAGGCCGAAGCAGGUCUGCCCUUGCGCUGUGCUGUCCUGCGUGACAAUGUGCGUGCUUACAUUGAAAAUAGUGAGAUACAGUUUUCUGCCCUGCUCUGUGUUGCGUUGUCUGUGUCGCCUGUGUCUCAAUAUGCACCCGGCUUACUCCCAUUCACGUACCUUAAAUCAUCGUGUGAAUUCUCGUAAGAGUGGUGUAAAGUGUUGCAUGUGUACCGUAUAGUGUAGACUCUCUUGAAGGUAGUACAGCUAAGUACCUUUGUUCUUUAUACGUGACCUAUAGAGUACCCAUUUUGUGCUGCCUUCAAACUGACGUGCACCAUGGCCUUGUCUGUAGUAUGUGGACGGUGCUGGAGUGAUAUAAGAAUGACAAAUUGGAGGCGGUGACGCGAGUACUGGCACAACGAGGCAGCAACAUGGAACGAUUAUGAACCAGUGUUGUUAUAUAUAAGGAAAACAAGAGGGAUAAUUAGUCGGAGUUUCACGGGUGUUUUUUAACAUUAGAAAUUUAGAAUAUUUGUUAAACCAUCGCCAAAAUCAUGAAAGCAUCCUUGAAAGCGCCAAUAAUGUCCACUGUAGAGCCUGUUCAAAGUAAUAGAGACAAGUGACAAACAGAGUGAUAAUUCAGUCUCACUAGAAUCUAUUUUAGUACCAUGAAGCAAAAACUAUCAAGUAAUCACGUCUAACUUUACUUCAGAACAUAAUGAAGCAAGUGAACCAGCCCUGAGGUACCCGUGAACACAAAUGAUAAAGUGAUACCGUUACAAAGACUACAUCGCAACAUUCGUCAGUAUCAUUAUCAUCAUCAGUUCCUCUUAUUAUUUUGUGGUCAACGCUAGCAGAGGUGCAUCAUGAGCUCUCAGUGGAUGCAAGGUAAUAGUUUUCUUAUAUAUUCUUCUCUCAGGGAUGAAAUACAGUGUUUAAAGUA